AUGCAACUGGACCCCAGCCCCUACGAAGAUGAGUUGCCGUCCACCUCGGACGACAUUAGUGUUGUUCCUGGACGACUGAAGAGGAAAAGAACGGAAGAUGGGGAAUGCUUACAGAGGGAGAAAAGCAGGAGACUGGAACCCAUCCUGGAGCCCAUCCCCUGUGAAGAUGAGUUGACAUCCAGCUCAGAGGACACUGAAAGCGGAAACGCACCCGAGGCGGCUCUUAGCGAGAGAAGCGCUAAGAGGAAGGCGGUCGCCGAUGACGGACCGGUUCAGAAGAAGAACAGGGUUCUAGACCCGUCAGCCGUGUUUAAGGCCAAGUACCGGCAGCAGAAGAAACUUGGCAAAGGAGGAUUUGGAUGCGUGUAUGCUGGCUUUCGCAGAGAGGAUAAUCUGCCUGUCGCCAUCAAGCAUAUUACCAUAGACGAAGAUCUCCUCCUUCACGAAGACAGUGACGGGAACCAGAUCCCCAUGGAGGUCGCUGUCCUAUACAAACUAGGGGCCGAAUCGGAGCGGCAUUCAGCACACGUUGACCUGCUGGACUGGUACAUUGUGGACGAGAAGCUGAUCCUGGUGCUGGAGAGGCCGAUGCCGGCCGUAGACCUCUCCAACUACAUUGAAACCAAAGGAGGCUACUUGAAGGAAAAGGAAGCCAAGGUUAUAAUUAAGCAGUUGGUGAAUGCAGCCAUUGACCUGCAGGAGAAACACAUUUUCCACCGGGACAUCAAGCCGGAAAAUCUCCUUAUUGAGACCUGCAUGAAGGCGCCGCGAGUUCGCGUCAUCGACUUCGGCCUGAGCUGCUUCGGUAGAGAAGACGACGCCUGUGACACCUUUUAUGGUACUCACGUCCCCCCAGAGUGGUCUAGUCGGGAGGAGUACAAAGCGGGACCAUCGACAGUAUUCCAGAUCGGAGUGGUCCUGUUCUUCAUGCGACACAAGGCAGCAUUUACACCGGAGAUGACCUUUCUGGAGCUGAAUGAGACGAGUUGGCUUUCCACAAAUGGCGAAGAUUUCUUUGAGGCGUGCUUUCAUGCGGACCCGGAUAUUCGUUUCACCCUGGACCAGCUGAAGCAUCACCCGUGGCUGAGAUAG